CACCCUCUCUCUCUUUUUCUUGCCUUGAUGUAAGAGAGCAUUUGACGGUUGCCUUACACUGUAGUGACAGUGAGAACGCAGAGUGAGAGCCAUGUCCGCCGAGCUAAGAGAGCUCCGCCAUUCCAGCUCCCUCGGAAACAGAGCCUCUUCUUCCCCUCGUAAAAACCCUCAACAACAACAACAGCGCGACGACGACAAUUCCCCUCUUCUCUCCGAUUCCGACGAUGUCGCCGACGGUAGUGGUCACGCGCGUAGCUCACGUGACCACCGGCCACCCUUCUUCUUAUGGUCUUACUUAUUCCCAGAAGAUUCCAGGGGUUCUUCUUCUCCUUCAAAGCUCUCCCUUUUCUUGAUCAUCUUUCUUGUUGUUGCUGGAUUUGUCUCCGUUUCUUCCCUCAUUCGUCGUUUGAAUGCACCAUAUCUGUGCCAGAAGGAUGGCCUUACUCUUCAGUGUCCUCGGGUAAAAGAGGCGCCUUCACUAUGGGAGAAUCCAUUUUCCGCCACGACAUCUUGGAAGCCUUGUGCAGAGCGCCGUAGUAAUGGCAUAUCAGAUCCUCCUGCAGAGAACGCAACAAAUGGAUAUAUAUUUAUACACGCGGAAGGUGGUCUGAAUCAGCAAAGGAUUGCCAUAUGCAAUGCAGUGGGCGUGGCCAAAAUAUUGAACGCUACACUUAUUUUGCCAGUGUUGAAGCAAGACCAGAUAUGGAAGGACCAAACGAAAUUUGAAGAUAUAUUUGAUGUUGAUCAUUUCAUUGACUAUUUAAAGGAUGAUGUGCCAAUUAUCCGUGAUAUUCCAGAGUGGUUUACGGACAAAACGGAGUUAUUCACAAGCAUAAGGCGCACGGUAAAGAACAUCCCAAAGUAUGCUUCAGCUCAGUUUUAUAUUGACAACGUUCUGCCUCGAAUCAAGGAAAAGAAGAUAAUGGCCCUAAAACCUUUUGUUGAUAGACUCGGGUACGAUAAUGUUCCCCAAGAAAUCAACAGGUUGAGGUGUAGGGUGAACUAUCACGCUCUGAAAUUUCUUCCUGAGAUUGAGCAGAUGGCUGAGUCACUGGCAUCAAGAAUGAGAAACCGCACAGCAAAUUCAAACCCAUACAUGGCUCUUCAUCUUAGAUUUGAGAAAGGGAUGGUGGGUCUAUCUUUCUGUGAUUUUGUUGGGACCAGAGAGGAGAAAGCCCAAAUGGCAGUUUACAGGAAGAAGGAAUGGCCUAGACGCUUUAAGAAUGGUUCCCAUUUAUGGCAAUUAUCUCUGCAGAAACGAAAAGAAGGUCGAUGUCCACUUGAACCCGGGGAAGUAGCUGUUAUUCUACGUGCUAUGGGAUAUCCAAAAGAGACACAAAUAUAUGUUGCGUCUGGGCAAGUUUAUGGGGGGCAGAAUCGGAUGGCACCACUCAGGAACAUGUUCCCGAAUCUGGUAACAAAGGAGGAAUUAACAAGCAAGGAAGAGUUGGAUGGCUUCAGAAAGCAUGUUACGAGCCUGGCAGCGCUCGACUUCUUGGUUUGCUUGAAGUCUGAUGUGUUUGUGAUGACCCAUGGAGGUAACUUCGCUAAGCUCAUCAUUGGCUACAGGCGAUACAUGGGCCAUAAGUUAAAGUCAAUUAAACCAGAUAAAGGUCUUAUGUCCAAGUCUUUCGGGGACCCUUACAUGGGCUGGGCCACCUUUGUUGAGGAUGUUGUAGUGACCCACCAAACAAGGACGGGUUUGCCAGAGGAAACCUUCCCUAAUUAUGAUCUAUGGGAAAACCCUUUGACCCCUUGUAUGUGUAGGGCAUGAAGAGUGUGACAUAUAUAGAGUUUGGAAUCAGGUUUCUUAGGAAGAAAAUUUGAAGCAGCCAUUGUCCAAAGCAGAUGUUUCCUUUCUUAAGAUGGGUUUUCAGUGAGGAUCAGGUGGAAAAUUACUUUAUCGACACUCUUUACUCAGAUUAUUCCGGUUAUGAUUCUAAUGUUCGUACAGAAGUUUGAAACUGACGUAAAACUGGAGGUUGAUAAGCAGUUUUUGGAGGGAGACUGGUUUCCAUCAUCAACAAUUCAUGAAGUUCUUGUUAGGGGGGGUUGUCAUAUGAAUGUUCUUGUACUAAUUAACUGUUGGGCUGACUAUAACCUGUAAAUUAAGUUAAAUAGAAAACUGUGAUGCCCAACUGCUACUAUCAUUAUUUUUUGACAGUAUGUAUUUUCACUUCCUACAUGUGGAUUAUAUAAGCUGUCUGUUCUGUUUGUGACAA